UCAUUCUGCAAAAUAAAGUUAGUAAUUCGCAAUUCAUAUUUAGGAUAGUCGUUUGGUGUGCCGGUUUUCGAGUACAAAAUUAUUGUAAUAUACUUUAUAUAAAUUAUAGGUAUACCUAUGUAUUGUGAAUUUUAUUUUUUUUCACGUUAAAAUUAGUCUAUUUCUCUAUUGAUAUUUUUGUCUUCACACGGAUCAAUAUGUUUGUGACAAAAUGUUUGCCAUAAGCAGGAAUGUCUAUUAUUUAAAUGAACAUGGCCCACUUCCCAUCGGGAAAAGUCCUGAUAUUUCGCUGGCAUUGUCUGUUACUGGCGCAACAAUUUUUUAAAAUGGCUAGAUUACAAUCUUUUAAAUCAGCUAAGAUCUGCAUACCAUUCGUUCGUCAUUAUGGUAGUGUUUACGAACCUGAUUAUUUGGACAUGUUAAAACCAGACAUUCCUGAAUAUGAGAAAGUAAAUAUUCAAAUCAAAGGUUACGACUUCGCAAUAUUAGAAUCGUUUCAAAAACUUGUGCACACUAUUGCUGAAAAUAUGGACCUUGAAGUAUCUGAUGGCUGGGCAUUACCUCCAAAAACAAUAAAUGUCAAACGAUUUAUUGCCAAUAGUGAAAAUGUUGAAACUCAAUACACAUUGAAUGUUUAUGAACGCAACAUACAAGUGGUUGAUGUUCCCAGUACUAAGCUUUCCUUACUUAUUGAGGUAGUAGAAGACUCAUUGCCUGCUGGUGUUAAGGCAUCAAUUCACAGGCACACAGAGGAGCAAGAAACACUCAGAUACAUACCUGACAAUGAACUGAAAACGUUGAAAGUACAACUUGAAGAAAUGGGUGGCUCAAGAAAAAAAAAGUGAGUUUAUGACUUACUUUUAUUGUUAAAUUUUGUAACAUUAUGUAGUACCUAAAUAUAAUUAUGUUGUAAGUAAUAUAACACAAUUUGUGAAAAUUUAAA